GUAGGAAAACAGGGUUGCAUUUAACAUAUUUUUGACCUGUCUCUUUAAUUUAUUUAUUGUUUAUUAUAUGAUACUCAUGUCUUUUUGAAUUAUCAUACCCUAAAAUCUUAAUUAGUAGAUAAACCCGACGUUUUGAAUGUGAAAAAAUGAUAUAAUGGCCACUCAUGAAAAUUGGUUGAGUCGUAGGAAAGAUAAACACAGUCGAAAUUUAUAUAAAUUAGAUACAAAUAAAAGUAAUGAAGAAAAUAUUAAAGAUAUCCUAAGGGGAUUAUAUUUGAAGAAACCAUUCCAUAAUGAUAUAUCGCCUACUAAAAAGAAUAUGCCAACAGAAGUCAAAACUGGGCUGAAAAGUAUGCAAAGGAGCAGUACUGAAAGUUACAGCUUGUGUUUGUCCUACUUAAAUGCCUUAGUCACACUUUUGUGUAAAGAAGACAGGAAUAACUUGGGGUUUACAACUGAUGAAUUGAUGACAUGUAUCCGUGUAAGUUUGGUAGAUGAGUCAAUGGUUAUAAGGGCAACGGCAUUAAGAGUGUUGCGAUAUUUAAUAAAAACAGAGAGUGAUGUUGCAACAUUUAACAAUUUGAAGCUGUCUUAUCUUGUUACAAGGUCCAUGGAUUUAAUGUUGCGUAACGAAGAUGAGAGAGCCCAGGCACUUCGUGUAGUCCGUCGUAUAAUCGCAGUAGUUGGGCCAACUGGACAAGUAGCACAGCAACCUCGCGGCGCUUAUAUUGAUCAAGGUUUACUACGGUGUCUUGCCGCCGUUGCGCGUGCUGGAAGCUCGGGUGACGGUGCUGGUGACAGACUAUCUAGACCUGCUGUUGCCACUUUAGCUGAAAUAUGUGUGUUAAAUCCAGAUUUAUUUAUAUCAUGCGGGGGAGUAACUGCUGUGACCAGACAACUGGCCGAGUGUGCAACGCCUAGAAUGGCUGAGGCAUUAUGCGGGGUAUUAUUGCAUACGCUUAAUGACCCAGCAUCUCGAAUUUCUGCACGAAUCGACUUGACCUUUCUCAGUUCUCCAUACUGUGAUUUUCAUUUUCGGCCUGCAGGAACUGAUUCAAAUAGAGAUGAACGCGAAAUGCGUUUCACAUGUAGUCGAUUAGCAUUGUUGUGCGUAUUACGGAGUUGGCCGGGUUUGCUCCACUUCUGUCACCCUCACAGUUCGGGUGGGCUUCGUGCGCUAGUUGCUGCAUUAUAUCUGCCGCGGCUAGAGGUCCGAAAAGCUAUACUCGAUUUGCUCUAUGAAUUAGUUGGAUUGCCACAGCCAGAGUGGACAGAUGAAAUUUCUGUAGCUUUGGAUGCUGUAGAUCCAUCAGAUUUUCAAGAUUCUUGGCGACUAAACGAGGGUUUUGUUGCUGCUGAAGGGACUGCCAUAUUACCUCAUCUUAGCGCUACUGGACCUGAUAUAACAGAAAUUCACCUAGCUCUAUUACUUCAGUGCUUCUUAGAGGCUGGAUUAUUAGAUGGAUUAGCUGAAGUGAUAGUUACAAGCGAUACAUUUAUAUCAGUUAGGGCGACCGUCCUAUUAGGGCAACUACUGCAUUUAAUACACCUAUUUCUACCUCCUCAAUUAUGUAAUAUAACUCCUGCACUUCCUUUGCUGAUGGCUCAGGCAUCGGCAGGCAAACCUCAAGCACUAGCCGCUGUUGCGGCAUUGCGCAGACUACAUGCCAUGCUCGAAGCCCGACCAGCCAGCAGCAGUUUGUUCCUAGACCACAUUUUACAGUAUUGUAAUGGUGCAUUUAAAGAAAGAACCGAGGACUCUACUAAAAGUCGAAAAGAGAAAGAUAAUGCCAAUAUGGCGAAACCUAAACAAGAGAUUACCUUGCAAAAAGAAAGUAGUAUAGAAUUUUUGAAUGAGUCAGAUAACGAAAAUGAGCCAAAACAAAGACAUAGCGUCGGCUCUCGGGCCGAUGUCGCGAACAGGAAUGUGAGUGCGUUAGUGAAAAGCAAAAGUGUUAGUUCACGGACUAGUGCAGCAGUGAGCAAAGUAACCAAGUCGGCGAAGUUUUUUAAUUUGUUCGAAACUGAUAGCGACAGUUUAAUUCGUUGUUCAUUAGUAAUGCAGAACAAAGACGGAAAUACUUGGGACUGGGAAAUAAUAAGGACGAUAUUGAAGGAGAGCGAGAGCGGGCACGUGUUGAACCUGAACGAGAGCGGUCACAAGGCGUGGGCGGCGCGCAUCGUGAGCUACCUGAAGCCGUCGUCCAACAAGUACUCGCACGCGGACCUGUCGCCGGCCGGCCACGGACACGCCGCCACCCGCGCCGGCUGCCACCUCGUGCGCCGCCUGCUUGCACAUCGCGACGCUGAUUCUCAGAAGUUAUUGGAAGACUUGUUUAUGGACGUAAGCCGCCAGAUAGAGGCAAUAGAGACUGGAACGAAAGCUCACGGCUGCUUGUUUAGCCCGCAACAUAUGUGCAAUACAAUGUGCCAAAUGUAUUUUCUAUUCAUUGGACAACUUUGCCACUCACCUAAUGGACUCCGUUUAUUUAAACAGACGAGAUUAUAUGAAAAUCUCCUAGAUUUGUCAACUAAGACGCAUCACACCUGUUAUGUGCAGUUAGUGAUAUCGAGUCUUGACUACACUUUGGAUUCCUACCCACGCGAUAUUCUUGCCAAAACACUCACGUGCGGAAUUCAAGCCUCAAGGUUGUACGCAACACAGUUUCUAAAUGUACUCUUACGUGCCUCGCGGAAAUCUCGAGAGUUAGUACGAAGAAAGUCCAAGUUAAAGAAAAAUAUUAUUCAGGAACAUUUGAAAUCUAACAGAGAAGAUGUUGAUAGUUAUGGCGUGGAUAUGGAUACUUGGAUAUUGCAAAUGUUGGUCGGACAGGUGAAAGAUGAUUAUAAGCCCGUAGUGAAAUGCGCUCUUGCCAUUCUAGAAGAAGCCUACAGUGUGCCUACAUAUUUUGAUAAGCUGAUAACGAUGAAGGAAACGCUCUGUCAAAAUUGUCGGUUGGAUAAGAAUAUGGAUCCAUCAACGUACGACUUCUCAGCUGUCGGCGACAGAGGCUACCUACUGUGGCUCGGGCUGGAAGUGGCGGCUGCCUCGCAUACAUCCGAUCCUAAAUCGAUGACGUUUCUGAAGAAACAUCUGGAAUUUUGGACAAAAUCAUAUAAUUAUAGAUACGUGCGGCUGGUGGAGACGGGCGUGCACGAGGCGCUGACGCUGAGCGAGGGCGGGUCCCGCAGCGCGGCGCGCGCCCGCCGGCCCGCGCGCCCGCCGCCGCACCUGCACGCCGCGCUCGUCGCGCGCCCCGCCUCCGCGCGGCCCCGCGCCGCGCUGCUCGCGCUCGUGUUGCCCGCACACUACAAGAUAUUACAGCGAAAGAAAUGCACGAGUGAACAAGAAAUCAUGGAUCUAAAGGCGUCACUAUGGGCAGUUGGUAACACAGCAGUAACCGCGCAAGGCCUACAGCAACUUAUGAGUCUCUCCAGUGGCUACCUCGAAGAUUCUGUGUUGAUUCACAUUCUACGCCUCGCGAAAUACAGUUCUGCGUACUCUGUACGGGCAACAGCAUUCUAUGUACUAGGUCUUAUAGGUAGCACCUAUGAUGGCGCGAAUUUGCUCUCAGAAUUAGGUUGGCUUUGCGUGAGACAUACAAGGCACGAUCAAUUCCCUCUUAUACCAGACGAAACUUACCAAAGCAAAAAUGGCAACACCGGUGGCAGUGAAUAUUUCGUAACUUCACCCGAGCGCCGGUACAAUUACGACAAUGAAAUAAGUGAACAUUCCGACCACACAGAUCAAAGUAUCGCAGAGAGCUCAAAUUCAGAUUUUACCAAACAUUUGUGCAAAGUUGGAUCGUUAUUGGCGGAACAGCCAGAGUUAAGCGACCAGGAUGUCGUAGAUUAUAAAAUUAACUUUACAAUUGAUGGGCGGAGAGAACCGGAUAAGCGUAAGUCUCACACGCUUCCAACGCAGGGUUGUUCCAGUGUUCUCGACCGACCAAUGCUCUCUGAAUCGAAAACGAUAGAUAUAUUGAGAGAUUGUCCCAAUUACGAACGUCAAGGUGUUCACCGCACAGAAAAUAAACUCAUGAUAGGAAGAAUGAACUCAUUAGAACACCAUGAAGGUAGAGUUAGAAAUACGAGUGAGUCCAGUACUAGCGGGGUGAGCAGUUGUGAUUCAUUUUUUGUGAAACACGCUAUUCCCGACAGAGUGUUAACUCUCAGCCCGAUUCCGAGCUCUUCAAGUCUUUAUGGUAUGAAGAGUAACAGUACUUCACAACGUCCCAAAAUAACUGAACUACAACGACGCACUUCCGCUUCCAGUUUCACCGGCCCUGAUGUAGCGAGUUCACCACCAAGCCAAUUGGAUAUUACAGGAUAUGCAACAUUGAAGUCAUUAAAUCGCCAUAGACGACCUCAUUUGUCGGAAAGUGCUGCGACAGGUUCUAGUGACCUUGACGAUCUAAGUUGGUUACUCAGUGAUAGUAAUCGGCGAUCGAAACCUUUUUCGUCAUUACGUGAUCGAGCUAAGUCUACUAGGGAGCGCAUGAACAAGUUAAGCCUGUUGGACUACGACUGGCGACCGCUGCGGCCGGGAGAGGCGGCCGAGCCGGACGUGACGGAGGCGGGGCAGGGGGGCGCGGCGGGGGCGGGGGCGGCGGCGGGGGGCGGCCGCGCGCCCCGCGCCCCGCGCCGCCUGCCGCCGCCCGCGCCCGCCUACCUCGGCAUCUGUCUGCCCAGGGACCUCAUGGACCUAUUCCCCAGAGAUGACGAGAUCAAAGAAAGUGAAGAAUCUGAGUGUAAAAGCACGAGGAGGAAUAGAGUGCCGUCAUUCCUAGUUGAAUCUAGUAAUGCCAGUACCGAAAAUAAAUCUCGAGCGACACCCGAUAGUCAAAAGUUAGCUUCUUACAAAGAUACAGCAAUGAUGAGUUUCACCGGUAGUCGUAGUGCUGUAACUCACGCACCCACAGUUGUUAACAACACUACUAGUGCGUUAACAAUUACUGCUGAUAAAUGUACCAAAGAUAAAAUCGGUCCAAGUACGACAGUAAAUGUUGUAGACACAGCCAACAUAUGUAACAUUAACGCAGCUGAGUGCACAGGAAAAACAAGUAUAGAUUCGGCAGCUAUUAAUAUACUGGAAACUGAAAAAAGAAUAGAAGGCGAUGGUAGCAUAGCAGGCAAAUGUCAAGGAACAAGCGAAGAUGCGAGUAUCGGUACGGGGCGAAUUAACCGAUGGCGGCAUUCCACAUCAGACUGCUUAGUAUGUGUAAGAACGAGACCACCGUCUUCACACGAGUUACGCGAAGCUUUUUUUGCUGGUAUGGAUAGCAGCAUUGAAAUUCGUAGCCCACCCAGCAGUCCGGUGAGCGAGCAGAGUCCAUAUGCAGAUGUCUUACAUCACGUCCACUUUAUGUCUAAUCCUAUACAUUUAAGACAGGCACGGUCAGCUCUGGUGUCGCUGAAGCAGAGACAUCCGGAGGUAUUCCGCAGCGCAUGUGUCUAUUCGGAUGUGAGCGCACUGCUCUCGGCCGACACAUACAUGCUCUGCGCUCGACGUUUCCUGCAAGAGCUCUUUCUUGACACCACCUUCGAAUGUUUCGCCACUGUGCCCGAACAACUGUUGCAACGCCACCAGAUCGAGUCCUAAUAUCUACCAUGUGGUCGCAUAUUCGACCUCUAUGUAUAAAUAAGGACAGGUAACAUAUGCGGCGGCAUAUAUCUGUGAUCUUGGUACCGUAGUCAUAGGACGCGAGACACAUGGUCCUACAUGAGACGUGUCGCGUACGACGACGUGUCCCAUACACUUUUAAUGGCGUCCAUUAAUCAUUUUCGCCUAAACGUUAAUAUUUAUAAUUUAACAGGAGUUUUAGAAUUUGUAUAUUUUUAUUAUAUAAGAUGUAAAACUUGUUUCAUUGGCAUUUUAAUAGUUUUCUUUGAGCGAUCGCAAAACAUUGAACAGUGUGUAUGUAACUUUGAGAAAAUAUAGGUUAAUUAUGCAGCGAAUUGUGUAUAUGUGCCUAAUUUUUCUAUUGAUAGAAACAGCCUAUUUAUAAUACAAUUCUAAAACUGUUCAUGGUACUAAAAUUGAAAUGUGUUCCAAUUUUUGCUCCAAUGUUUUAAUAAAUACGUAACCUGCAGUGGAGUGGCUACUACUUACAUUUUUUUAUAAUAUAUUGUAUAUAUACAAGUGUAUUUUUUUUGUUUUGAUAAGUAACAAUUAGCAUGGACUAAAAGGAAAAACAAAGAACACCAGAAUUGUGGCAAAGAUUUUUACAAAAGUCCGUGAUAUCGUUGUGUUGCAUUAUACUUGUGUAUAUUAUAUCAUGUGGCCUCUUUUGUAUUGUGUCACUGUCAGUCGGAGGUGACCUAGCUAGGUCUAGAGAUAUAUGUAUAAUAUUGAAUAUUACACAUUUGAAAUUUAUAAUGUACGUCAUAUCUACAUACAUUAUAUACAAAGUUCUAAUUGAUCUGUUUGUUGAUAAUAAUAAUUUUGAUGGUAUGACUUCCUACUAGUGUUUAAUCUUCUCAGCUUUUAAUAUAAUUUAUGAAAUUCGUUUAGUGUGUAAAAAAAGUGUAUUGUUAAUUAUUGAAAAUAAUUGUAUUAUAAACGAAUUUUCACAUGAAUUUGAAUAACAUUAAGCUCUUUAGAUAUUGCUAUUAGCUUAGUUGAUAAUUUAUAUUAUUUUAUAAGAUAAGUUAUGUAAGUUCUCAAAUAACAUUUUAUCGAAUGAAUCUUGUCCAUUUAACAAUUUGUGUGAUUUUUAGGAUUUCUAAUAUUGUUCCUUCCUAACAAACUGAUUAGUUGUUUUUUAUUUGUUACUAUCAAAUCGCGCAUUUACUUAUAAUUGUAGUUGAUUCGAAAUAAAUAUGAUUCAUAAUAUUUACCCACGACGACAAUAGCUAGCGUAUAUUGUAACUGACUGAGUAUUGCACCAUUCCCUCGUGCCCCUAUAGUUAAUUUAAGUGAUGUGUCCUAGUGAUGUAUCCCACCUAUCGCAAUCGCAAAAUGUUUCCAAAUAUAGUUUUGGGUAAAUGCAUGCUACAUAGAUUUAAUACACGAUUGUGUUCAAUUUAUUAUACAUAUUCGCAUUUAAUUUUAUCUUGCUCCUUAGGUCAUUGUUAUAUAAACUCAAACGGAUUUAAAAAUGUUAUUAUUUUAUGAUAUUAAUAAGCACUAGGUAAAUCCUCAUACAUUGUAUAAAUAUGCAAGACUAAAAUAUAAGUUAAAUUAAUUUUCGUUUGACUAUUUUAAUGUACUUUCUGUCAUAUACACCAGUAUUUCUCGGAACUUAAUGACAUUCAAUUUUAUAUACAUAGGUAAUAUAUUCUCGAUAUCUGCUUUAAAAUAUAUCCUUUAUUGAUUUUUA